AUGAGAGGUAAAUCCUACAUUGAUUUACCGAACGAGCUCAAGAAAAAGAAGGCAAUCAUCAAUGUCAAGAAUAAGGAUGAUAAAUGUCUGAUGUGGGCACUGCUCUCAGCUCUGUAUCCAGCAAAGAAAAAUAGUAACAGGGUAACUCAUUAUACAGACUAUAGCAACAAACUUGAUCUGUUCGGAAUCGAUUUUCCAACACCACUGAGUCAGAUUUCCAAAGUCGAGAAGCAAAACAACCUAGCUAUCAAUGUCUUUGGGUAUGAGGAUAACGUGAUCUAUCCACUACUGCUGACAAAGAAAAGAGGUGAGGAAGUGAUCAAUCUUCUACUAUACCAAAAAGAAGAUCAGAAUCACUACUGUUGGAUCAAAGAUUUCAGCAGAUUGUGCUACGAUCAGUCAAAGCAUAAAGCCAGGAAAUUCUUCUGUACAAGAUGUCUCCAACCACACAACACAGAGAAAUCCCUGAGCAAUCAUCAGGAGUAUUGUGAUAAUGUCACUGGAUUAUCAGCACACAUGGUACUACCAGAACCAGACGAAGAUGGAAAUCCACCAACACUGAAGUUCAUUAAUCAUAACAAAAUGCUACAAUGUCCCCAUGUAAUCUAUGCUGACACUGAGGCACUGAUCAAGAAAAUUGAUGGAGUGAAAAGCCAACAAACCAGCCGGGAUUCACAGCAUGUUCCUUGUGGUUUUGGUUACGUCGUGGUGCGUUCUGACGGAGUGAUGACAAGUCAGUGUUUCUACCGGGGUGCUGAUGCCAUGGAUGUAUUCUUUGAUAAACUCAAAGCUGAGGAGAAGAAAAUCCAAUCAGCACUCAAUAAUCCAGCACCGAUGGAUCUCACUAAGGAACAAGAAGAAUUGUUCAGAGAGACAGAAGACUGUUGGAUUUGUAAAAAGAAACUUGGUGAUGACAGAGUCCGUGAUUACGACCACAUCACUGGUGAUUUCCGCGGUGCCGCACACAAUGACUGUAACAUCAAACUCAGAAUUUAUCCAUACAAGCAGCACAUCCCUGUGGUUUUUCACAACCUGAAAGGCUAUGACAGUCAUCAUCUCAUCGGAGCAAUCGGAAAGACAGAUGUUGAGACCGUCACAUACACGGAUAAGGACGGUGUGUGUAGGAGUAAAACUGUGGGUGAGAUAUCAGUCAUUCCCAACAACAUGGAGAAAUUCAUCUCAUUCACAUGGAGACAGUUCCGGUUCAUCGACAGCUGCCAGUUUCUCAAUGCGUCACUCGAUAGACUUGUGAAAACGACACCAGAUGAGUCAUUCAAUCACACCAAGACGUUGCCAAACCAUCAGCUGUUGGUGAGGAAAGGAGUAUACCCCUAUGAGUACAUGAACAGCUUCUCCAGGCUCGAUGAGACUCAGCUACCUGCACAGAGUAAGUUCUAUUCUUCACUGUCUGAUGAGGGGGUGAGUGACGAUGACUACAAAACAUGCUGA